AUGAGGGUGUGCUGCUGCUUGGCUCCCUACAACCUCUACAACUCCUCCCUACAACCUCUACAACUCCUCCCUACAACCUCUACAACUCCUCCCUACAACCUCUACAACUCCUCCCUACAACCUCUACAACUCCUCCCUCCAACCUCUACAACUCCUCCCUACAACCUCUACAACCCCUCCCUACAACCUCUACAACUCCUCCCUACAACCUCUAUAACCCCUCCCUACAACCUCUACAACCCCUCCCUCCAACCUCUACAACUCCUCCCUACAACCUCUACAACUCCUCCCUCCAACCUCUACAACUCCUCCCUACAACCUCUACAACUCCUCCCUCCAACCUCUACAACCCCUCCCUACAACCUCUACAACUCCUCCCUCCAACCUCUACAACCCCUCCCUACAACCUCUACAACUCCUCCCUCCAACCUCUACAACUCCUCCCUACAACCUCUACAACUCCUCCCUACAACCUCUACAACUCCUCCCUACAACCUCUACAACUCCUCCCUACAACCUCUACAACUCCUCCCUACAACCUCUACAACUCCUCCCUACAACCUCUACAACUCCUCCCUACAACCUCUACAACCCCUCCCUACAACCUCUACAACUCCUCCCUACAACCUCUACAACCCCUCCCUACAACCUCUACAACCCCUCCCUACAACCUCUACAACCCCUCCCUACAACCUCUACAACCCCUCCCUACAACCUCUACAACCCCUCCCUACAACCUCUACAACCCCUCCCUACAACCUCUACAACUCCUCCCUACAACCUCUACAACUCCUCCCUACAACCUCUACAACCCCUCCCUACAACCUCUACAACCCCUCCCUACAACCUCUACAACUCCUCCCUACAACCUCUACAACCCCUCCCUACAACCUCUACAACCCCUCCCUACAACUUCUACAACUCCUCCCUACAACCUCUACAACUCCUCCCUACAACCUCUACAACCCCUCCCUACAACCUCUACAACUCCUCCCUACAACCUCUACAACCCCUCCCUACAACCUCUACAACCCCUCCCUACAACCUCUACAACUCCUCCCUACAACCUCUACAACCCCUCCCAACAACCUCUACAACCCCUCCCUACAACCUCUACAACUCCUCCCUACAAACUCUACAACUCCUCCCUCCAGACUCUACAACCCCUCCCUCCAGCCUCUACAACCCCUCCCUCCAGCCUCUACAACCCCUCCCUCCAGACUCUACAACCCCUCCCUCCAGCCUCUACAACCCCUCCCUCCAGCCUCUACAACUCCUCCCUCCAGCCUCUACAACCCCUCCCUCCAGACUCUACAACCCCUCCCUCCAGACUCUACAGCCUUUCUCUCCAGCCGCUACAGCCCCUCACUGCAGUCUCUACAGCUCCUCCCUCCAACCUCUAUAGCCCCUCCCUCCAGCCUCUACAACCCCUCCCCCCAGCCUCUACAGCCUUUCCCUCCAACCUCUACAACCCCUCCCUCCAGCCUCUGCAGCCUGACCCUCCAGCCUCUACACUUCUGCAGCCCCUUCCUCCAGUCUCUGCAGCCCGACCCUCCAUCCUCUGCAGCCCAACCCUCCAGCCUCUGCAGCCCAACCCUCCAGCCUCUGCAGCCCAACCCUCCAGCCUCUGCAGCCCCUCCCUCCAGCUUCUACAGCCCCUCCCUCCAGCCCUCCAGCCUCUGCAGCCCCUCCCUCCAGCCUCUGCAGCCCCUCCCUCCAGCCUCUGCAGCCCCUCCCUCCAGCCUCUGCAGCCCCUCCCUCCAGCCUCUGCAGCCCCUCCCUCCAGCCUCUGCAGCCCCUCCCUCCAGCCUCUGGCCCAAUGCUAGAGCGUUCCACCAGAGCACCUAG